AUAUUCUCAAGUUUACCUAUUUAGUCUCGCACGUCUGACAACAAAAUACAAAUCCCGUGACAAUAAUGUGGUACAAAAUUACGAAAUUAUUUAUUUUAUAGUACAAUUGUAGGCUAGGUAAAUAGUAACCAUGAAUGGACCGCGUCUUGGUUUAAGUCGAGAAGAAAUUAUCAAAAUUAGUGAGACAAUUAGGGAAAAUAAUUUAAACAAACAGGAAUUGAUCUUUAAAAUUGUAAUUAUUGGAGAUUAUGGAGUAGGAAAAACAUCUAUAAUUGGUAGAUUUACAGAAGGGCAAUUUUCUACCCAGUAUAAAAUUACGAUAGGUGCAGAUUUUGCCGUCAAAACCUUAGAAUGGGAUGAAGAUACUCGAAUUAGUUUACAUUUAUGGGAUAUUGCGGGCAACGAGCGUUUUGGCAGUCUACUAAGCGUUUUUUAUAGGCAUGCCGUAGCAGCAGCUAUAGUAUUUGAUUUAACAAGACCAGAGACAUUUAAUUCAGUUAGUAAAUGGCUCACAAAUUUAAGAAAGAAACUACAUCUACCCGGAGGAAGAACAGUACCUAUAGUGAUUUUAGCAAAUAAAGGUGAUAUAUCAACUACAACACUGCCACCACAAAUUGACGAAUAUUGUAGAAAUAACGAUAUUCUAGCUUGGUACGUCACAUCUGCCAAGAAAAAUAUUAAUAUUGAUGAAGCCAUGGUGAAACUUGCAAAUGCUGCUUUGAACAAUCAUUUUGCUUUGAAACUUUCACUGGCAACUGAUGAAGAUAUUAUCAAUCUCACAGAAAAUAAUCAACAAGAAACAAAUCAAAAAAGAUGCUGCUGAUGUGAAGUAAUUUGGUAGUUUAAAAAAGAAUCUCUGGAUAAUGGAUAUGAUAACUAGGGGAGAAUUCAGAUGCAUAGAUAGAGUUAAUUAUUACUUUUUAUUGUCUACUAUAAGUUAAAUAAAUUAGUAUUAUGGUCUGUUUUUAAACCGGGAGGAGUAAUUCAAAUUUACCGCGCGAUAACGCUUGUUUGUAAUUGGUCCAACCUUAGGCAAGUUUACUCCACUGUUAUGAAAUUUUGACACUAUUGACAUUUAUGAAAUUUUGACACUAUUAGCAUUUCAUAGGUUAAUUAAGUUAUAUUGAUGAUUUUUUGUGUGUUCUGCGUUAUUCCUUUAAUAUUUAGAAUUUUAGUCUGCAUUUAUAUAAAAACAGUUGAUUUUGGAACUAUUUAGCGAUAUAUUAGUUUAACAUAAUAUUUAUGGAUUAUUGGCGAAAGCCGACAUGAUCAACCAAAAAAGAAGAUAUAUUUGGUGAUUUCUCUAGUGACUUUCUUGGGUGUCUAUCUGUCUUUUUAGUUUACUCCUCAUGGUUUAAAAACAAAGUAUAGUAGCAUUUAAGAUA